GGCGUAUCGAGCGCAGUCUGUCGAGCACAUCAUGCGUGGCAAGUGCUUGUUGCUCCUCCAAUUGCUGUGUGCCGCUGUGGUUGGCUGUGGUGCAGCCACCGGCGGCUACUAUACGGCGGGCGUGGUGGAGUUUCGUCCGGCGGUCAGUGGUGGCAGCUCCGAGCAGCUGCUCGAGGAGAAUCUGGCUGCGUAUCUGGAGCUGAUUGAAGCCGCCAAUGGCACUGCGGACAUCCUGAUCUUUCCGGAGGGCACGCUGAACAGCCAGCUGCAAUUGACGGCGGUGCCGGCGCCCUCGCGUCGCAGUCUCUGCCCCAUUGUGGUUGCACCUGUCGAUGGCGUGGCCACGUUUCUCAGGCAGCUGGCCUGCGCAGCUGUCGCCGCCCAGAGCUACUUGGUGCUGAAUGUGAAGGAGCGCGAGCGCUGCGACCGCGAGGCCGACUGCCCCGCCCGCGGCUACCGACUCUACAACACGAACGUGGUGCUGGACCGCAGCGGUGCGGUGGUGUCGCGUUACCGCAAGUGGAACCUGUAUCUGGAGCCGCAGCUGAAUCGCACCAAAGAGCCGGAAUACGCCAUCUUCGAGACGGACUUCAAUGUGACCUUCGGCCAUUUCAUUUGCUUCGAUAUGCUCUUCUACACGCCCGCCCAGGAGCUCGUCGAGCGCUACUCCAUUCAGCAUUUGAUUGUCACCAAGAUGUUCAACUCCGAGCUGCCCUUUCUCACAGCUAGCCAGUUCCAACAGGGCUGGGCAUGGGCCAACAAUGUGAAUCUGCUGGCAGCUGGCGCGAGCUUGCCCCACGGCGGCAUCAGUGGGAGUGGCAUCUAUGCAGGGCGUCGCGGCGCCCUUGUGCGGCGCAUGGUGGGCGACACGCACGUUGGACAGCGGCAGCUGUUGCUGGCACGUGUGCCACGCUAUUCCCAGUCGCUGCAGGAGCACGAGUCGGAGCAGGAGCCGGAGGCAGAGCUGGAGCUGGAGCUGGAUGAGGAGCGUGCGGGGCCAGCGCAGAGGCAGCUGGUGAUGCUGCAGCAGCCGCAGCUCGAGGACUUUGCCAGCUGGCUAGUGCCGCUGCUCAAUGGCAGCAGACAGCAUCGACGCCUCUGCCAGCAGGAUCUCUGCUGCGACUUCGAGCUGCAGCUGGAGCUGCCCAGUGAUGCAACACAGCAGCCGGAGUACAGCUAUCGAGCGGGCGUCUUUGUGGGCCAGCGGCGCUACGAGGAGGAACAGUAUAGCGUGGUCAGACUCUGCGGUCUAUUUGCGUGCCGCAACGAGAGCAUUCUCAGUUGCGGCCAGCUGGCAGCGGCGCCGGCAGAGGAGCCAGCGGCGGGCAGUCGGAGCAUUACGUUCAGCUGGCUGCGCAUUCGCGGAGAAUUCGUGCGGCGACAGCGACGGCUGCUCAUGCCCAGCACGCUAAGCGCGGCGCUCUACGCCCUGCAGGCCACCGAAUUCGAGUGGGCGUGGCAAGACGACACCGACAUCGAGACCGCCUCAACACAUGUGGAGCUGGGGCUGAGCAAGAGCCACUCAGAGCUGCUGACCUUUGGCAUCUAUGGCAACUACUUUGAUGAGUUCGCCGACGACGACAAACCGGGAGGUGGCGAGGGGGGAGGCGGAGACGGGGCCAGGGGCAUGGUUGUGGCUAAGCGAGGGCAACAGCUGUUGAUGGUGCUGUUGAUGCUGCUCCUGUCUUAUCACGGAGGCUAACCGCUAAACAAACACUUUGCUGAUUAGUUCUAAUUGGAAGUGCGGGCACAGGCGACAAAAGCGUCGCAAGUGUAUAUGAAUCGGAG